UCCAUUCCUUCAACAUCCUCAAAUUCAAAACAAACCUUCUCUCUUGUUGUCUUUUUGAGUAAUGGGGUUCUGAAAUUCCCUUUUGUUUUGUUUCUCCUUUUUUGGGAAGACUUUCAAUCCUUCACCGUAUAUAUAUAUAUAUAUAAAGAAAAGGGUAUAAUCUGUAGAAGAUACCGCCGCUACUGCCUUUUCCCAAUGUUUCUUCACCAUUUAUGUUAACAAACACUUCGAUCGUGAAUGGAAGCGAACAAUUCAAGAAGCAAGUUCAAGAGAGUCUGCGUCUUCUGCGGCAGCAACUCCGGCCAUCGGAAAGUCUUCAGCGAUGCUGCUCUUGAUCUCGGAAAUGAACUGGUCGCGAGGAAGAUUGAUUUGGCGUACGGUGGGGGUAGUGUUGGGCUGAUGGGUUUGAUAUCACAGACUGUAUACGAUGGAGGCUGCCAUGUUCUUGGGAUCAUUCCAAAAGCUUUGAUGCCCCAUGAGAUUUCUGGACAAACUGUUGGGGAGGUAAGAACAGUUUUGGACAUGCAUGAGCGCAAAGCUGCAAUGGCUCGAGAAUCAGAUGCUUUUAUUGCUCUUCCUGGAGGGUAUGGAACAAUGGAAGAGCUGUUGGAAAUGAUAACGUGGGCUCAACUGGGUAUCCAUAAGAAACCAGUUGGGCUGCUUAAUGUCGAUGGUUACUACAACUCUUUGUUGGCUCUGUUUGAUAAUGGCGUUGUGGAAGGUUUCAUCAAGCCUGGUGCUCGAGAGAUUGUGAUAUCUGCUCCAACAGCAAAGGAACUCAUGGAGAAAAUGGAGGAACAUACUCCAUUCAGUGAGCACAUUGCUCCACAUGAAAGCUGGGAAUUGGAGCAGCUUGGUAACGACCAUAAACCAUGACUGAUAAGUGGUAAUGGGUCUUCAUUUUUAAUGUCAUUUUUAAUCAUGAAUGGGAAACCUGUUGUGAUGGGGCCAUAAGUGGUUCAUCAUUGUGUACUUGUGUUCUUUGUGAUUUGAGUUCUAAUAAAUGCCUCUUUCUGAUUACAAAGUG